CGCGCAGGUUAACAGACGCAGCCUUCUGCAAGUGCUCGCCGUUCUGCACGACACAACUCGGUCCAGGCGCACUCUGCGCUGCGCUUUGCUCUCCAUUGAGUCGCCACAACCACACACGCGUCCGCAAACUAGGAUUCUAUUUUCUUCCAACUAGCUUGUCGCUGCUGCUGCUGCUGCUACUGCUGCCUAGGCGGCUGAUCUUUGUCGUGGCUGGCCUAGGUGCACUACCGGCUCCAUAACCCCGCUUCCCUGGCUCAUCUAUCACCACCAAACCCUAACCGCCAUUAUCUGCCAUUAUUGAGUUUUUGGAGGCUGCCUGGAGGCAACCCGAGAGGACAUGAUGAAGAGCUGGACUGGAUUCGAGGAUGCUGUUCCACCACUUCAGCCUCGACGGACCGAGGUUCGCUGGCGUGCCUUGACUGCGACUUUUGUCACCAUGGUGGUCCUCGCGGGCGUGGACACUGUUUUCCCGGAGUUGAAGCAUUGGUCGCCUCCGUUCUGGAACCAUGAUUCAAAUCGCCCGGGCUCUAGGUAUGCUGUAAAGCCAUUCAAGUGGUCUGAGAUAACGCCUCGCGAGCACCUUGAGUUCCACAAGUGCUUUGAUGGCUUCGAGUGUGCAAAGCUAAGCGUACCACUUGACUACUUCAACGGAACAUAUCCCGACGAACGGGUGAACAUUGCGAUUGCAAAGCUCCCUGCCAAAGUCCCGGUUGACGAUCCGCGAUAUGGAGGACCCAUCCUCCUAAACCCAGGUGGUCCUGGUGGCCCUGGCGCUACCUUUGCGCUCAUGGUAGCAAAGUCACUGCAAACAAUCGUUGAUUCUGGUGCCGAUUCAAGUACUGCUUCUUCUAGCCCAAAGUACUUCGAUCUCAUCGGAUUCGACCCUCGUGGCAUCGGUGAGACUGAGCCUGCAGCUAAAUGCCUGCCAGACGAACCGUCAUCGUGGUCGUGGUCUUUGAGAGAAAACAACGAAGGUAUUUUAGGAAGCUCAGAUGCAGCUCUUGGUAGACUGUGGUCAAUGAACCAUGCCUUUGGAGCGUCUUGCAAGCAAGCUAUGGAUGCUGAGGAUGGUCCCGAUAUCAAGGAAUACGUGUCAACCGCAUUUGUCGCACGAGACAUGCUGGAAAUUACUGAGAGGCAUGCCGAGUAUGUCGUGAAACAAGCGGAUCAACUGUCAGUUCAGAGAACCACGAGGCCGCGAUCGCGUUGCCGAGAGGCCUACGUCCCUGGGAAGGCCAAGCUGCAGUACUGGGGCUUUUCGUAUGGUACCUAUCUUGGCUCGACAUUCGCGUCAAUGUUUCCGGACCGCGUAGGACGCCUCAUCCUCGACGGCGUCGUGAGUUCCUACGACUAUAACCACGCGCUGGGUAAUGGAAGUCUUGUAGACACCGAAAAGUCCAUGAACUCGUUCUACACUUUCUGUCAUCACUCAGGCCCCGAAGAGUGCCCCUUGGCCACAGCGAAUGGAACAAUCACCGAUGUUGUUGAACGUUUCCAGAAGAUUCUCAAAUCCCUCUACCAUAGCCCUCUCGUCAUCAGCUCUCCACAAGGCCCGGAGAUACUCACCUAUUCCGAUGUGAAGUUGUUGAUCUUCAGCGCCGUGUAUCAACCGCAGGCCAGCUUUCGGUUCAUCGCUGAGCUACUUGCUGCUGUUGAAGCGGGAGGCGGCGAGAUUAUCGAUAACCUCAGCUUCGCAUACCGCUCAGGUCAUGUCUAUCAUUGUCCUGUCAACGGUUCCGACUAUGCCCCCAAAGGUCUCUCCGAAGCAGCUGAAUUCGCCAUCCUGUGCGGUGAUGGUCUCGAUCAGUCACACGUUGACAUUGAUGAAUUCGCCGAAUACUGGAACCUGCUCGACCGCAUCUCACCUACCGCAGGCUCAAUCUGGUCAAUACUCCUCAUGCGUUGCGCCGCCUGGAAGAUCCGCGCAAAGUACUCUUUUCGAGGUCCUUUUGGCGGAAACACGUCUCAUCCUAUCCUCUUCCUCAGCAACACCGCCGACCCCGUCACACCCUUACGUAGCGGACGCCUCAUGCACAGCCUAUUUCCGGGCAGCGGCAUGCUCGUUGGCGACAGUGCGGGUCACUGCUCUGUAUCAACGCCGAACCCGUGUACAUUAACCCAUAUAAGAGCGUACUUUCAGACUGGCGUGCUGCCCCCACCCGAGACAGUUUGCGUGCCACCAACCACCCCCUUCUCGCUCAACUCGACCGAUCCAAAGUCCCCCUUCUACGAUCCAUCGUUGGGCAAUGCGAAUAUCGUGGCGCUUCAGUACGAUGACUUUUAUCAGGCACAGCGGGAUAUACACAUGGCAGGCUUGAAUGUGCAGAGGAACAUGUUUGGUGGUGGGCAACGAGCGAGGAGUAUGAGGAAGCUCGAAGCGCUAGGCUUUUGA